AUGGCGGACGUAGCACCGCAAGGCCACCCACGACCGAUCGUGCCACCGAAUCUGCCUCCACCGAGUAUCGCGAUGCCGGGAGCGACGACCACGCCACUCCAGAAUGCACGCAUACACGGACUGACGUUGGACACCUUCUCGCCAGUGACACAGUCGGGCAGCUACGACUUCGACAGGAUCAUCAAACAGGGACAAGUCCUCAAGCGGACGCGAAAGACCAAGUCAUGGAAGCCGAUCUGGAUCGUGCUAAGGCCCACCCUGCUGUCGAUAUACAGGGACAAGCAGGAGUCGAGGCUGCGGCAUCAGAUCAACUUGUCUGACCUCACAGCUGUUGCACGGCAGAAGGAUCCGAAGCGCAAGGACAAGCACGUGUUUGCAUUGUUCUCGCCCUCUCGCAACUUCCACCUGGAGGCAUCUUCCGACAAGGAUGCUCAAGAAUGGGUCGAGCUCGUACGUCGAGAGGCACGCAUGGACGAACAGGAAGAGGAGAUGCAUUUGGCCAGUCCCGGGGGUGGUAAUGCUUCCUACCGGGGAUUUGAGCGAAGCAUUGAUGCACAUAUCAGCCCGUCAGCAGAUGAGCGAGCAGCGGGCUACAGCUCCUCCGACGCCGAAGCAUUUGGACAGAGCCAGCCUCUGCCGCGACAUCGAGACCGGACGAGCAUGACCCACAGCAAUCGAAGAGCUUCCCAAAUGGAGUACUCGGGAGCAGAGCAUGCAUCGUACUCGGACUUCUCAGAUUCAGCCCUGGGUGCAACAGCCCGCAUGUCAGCUCUCUCGUUAGCCUACCCAGAUGGCCGACCGUCUACGUCGAGCACGCAGCAACCUCACGUGGGCUCUGUAUACGGCUCAGCGCCGCUGCGACCUUCGAUGGGCGCCCGGAACGCUAGUCAGAUGUCCGGUAUUGGCAUCAUACUCGAUGAAAAGAAGUCAACCACCACGGUCUCUGACGAAGAGCGCAUUGUUUGCAACGGCUGGAUAUACCUCCUCAAAUCGAGAUCAGGCGUGCGACAGUGGAAGAAAGUUUGGAUGGUUCUACGGCCGAAGCAACUCGCGCUCUACAAGAACGAGGAAGAGUAUACCGCACAGCUUAUCAUACCGUUUUCUAACAUUAUCGAUGCUGUUGAAGUCGACUCCCUAUCAAAGACGAAGACCUCAUGCAUGCAAGUGCUCAGCGAGGAGAGGAACUACCGGUUCUGCGCUCUGGACGAGGAAAGCCUGACGAAAUGGCUAGGCGCGUUCAAAAGCUUACUCUCGAAACGAAAGGCAAAGGCAACGGCGACAACAUGA